GAAAACGAGAAGACCACCCUACUUAUGAAGCAAAAAGGCCACGAAGAAUUGAGAGAGUUGAUUGCCAAGCCCGCAUUGAAUUCAAAAUUGAUCGUAGUAAUGUUUGGACUAUAAAAAGAGUUAUAUUGGAUCAUAGUCAUAAGUGUACUAGUCCAAAUAAAGUUCAUAUGUUACGGUCACAAAGGAAAAUUUUACCAGCACAAAAACAAUUUAUGAAUCAAAUGGGUAAGGCCGGUAUUAAACCAGCUCAUGUUUUCAAUUUCUUUGAAGAAGGGACCAAAGGAAUUGAGAAUGUUGGAUUCCUUCGUAUGGAUUGUAAUAACUAUAUUAGUGGACAACGAGCUAAAUACUUACAUGGCCAGGAUACUCAAACUUUGUUAGAAUAUUUGCAAAUGAAGCGUAAGGAGGAUCCUUCUUUUUUCUAUUCUAUCCAAGUUCAUGAAUCAGGACAAAUAGCUAACUUCUUUUGGGCAGAUGGACGGUCGAUUGUUGAUUAUGCAUAUUUCGGUGAUGUCAUUUCUUUUGACACCACAUUUCAAACUAAUAAAUAUGAUAUGUCGCUCGCACCCCUUCUUGGAGUGAACAAUCACAAGCAAACGGUUAUUUUCGGAGCGGCACUUUUGUGUGAUGAAACAACUGAGUCCUUUAUUUGGCUUUUUCAAACAUUUCUAUCUUGUAUGUGUGGAAAAGAACCCAUUACUAUUUUCACAGAUCAAUCGGCGGCCAUGGCUAAAGCAAUCUCAUCAGCUCUUCCUAAUACGUGUCAUCGUUUAUGUCUUUGGCAUAUAUUCCAAAAUGCCAACACGAAUCUCGGCCACAUUAUCUCAAAGUUUCCAGAGUUCUCAAAAGUACUUAAAGAUUGUGCCUAUGAAGCUCGUUCAAUUGAAAAUUUUGUGGCGAGGUGGGAAGACAUGUUGAGAACCUAUAAUCUUGAAGAAAACGCAUGGUUGCAAAACCUAUAUUGCCUUCGUGAGAAAUGGGCUGAGGUGUUCCGUCGUGAUUCCUUUUGUGCUAACAUGAGGACGACACAAAGAAGCGAGAGUAUGAAUAGCCAUUUGAAGCAAUUCUUUCACAAAAAACUAUCUCUUAGUGAGCUUUUGAAAGAAUAUGAUCGAGCCUUGAAGCAUUUUCGUGAGAAAGAAUUAUACGAAGACUAUAAAUCAAGACAAACUAAGUCAGUUCCCUUUUUGCCCGAUGUGCCCUUGUUGAUUACUGCAGCAAAUGUCUAUACGAGAACGCUAUAUAAAGAAUUUGAGGAUAAUUGUAAAAAGGCGUUUGCAAGUACUUGUCAACUAUUAGUUUUUGAUGAAUUAUCUAGUACUACAAAGGUAUCAAUAUUAUCAUCCACAGAUGAGGAGGUUGUCAUUUUGAACAAAGAAGAUCAUAUUGUACAAUGCACUUGCCGUAGAUUUGAGUAUUAUGGAAUUUUAUGUGCACAUGCAUUAAAGGUGUUGUAUAUUAACAAUAUUGUUGACCUCCCAAACCGCUACAUAUUGAGAAGGUGGACUAAGUAUGCAAAAGAUGGAAUAGCUUUAUGUGUGCCGCAAUCUAUGGUAGGUGAUGAUGCUUCAACUUAUGCGCGGGUUUGCCACAAAGCCCUUUCUGUUGCAGCCAAGAGCUCCAAUUGUAAAGAAGCUCUCAUCUAUUUGGAAAAAGGACUCAAUGCAUUAACACUAGGCGUGGAGAAAAUUUUGCAUGAAUCAAUUAUAGGGAAUGAAAAGAGUGAUGAUACUUUCGAUGCAUCGAUCCGACAAACCAUUGAGAUUGAUACAAUUCAUAGUCAUAUCACAGUUAAACCUCCACCACUACAAAAAGGGAGAAAAGAAAAGAGGAAAAGAAGUAUUCUGGAGAGAAAGAAAAGAAAUCCUAAGAAAAAUAAUAUAGCUCUGCCACAACAAUUGAGAUGA